GCCCUUCUUGACUCAAUAAUGCAGCCUACUUCAUUCUCUCUCAUUUUCUUCUUUAUGAUCCCCUACUUCUAGGGUUAGAUGCUCGCUGCAAGUCUAGCCAAGUCUAGGAGCUAUGAGGUCAAAUUCUAAGAUUUUUAGGGUUUGUUUUUAUUUUUUCAUGAUAGCGUUAGAUUUUUUUGGUUUAGGUUAGGGCUUAUAUAUUUCAGAGGAUGCAAGUAGAACGCUAUCCUUGAUGAGUCUCUCGAAAUGAAUGUGCGCAUGUGUACAGAGAGAUCAGACUCGAGAACUAUGUAGAAAUUGGGAGCGUAUUGCAUCCAAGAAAGUUGUAGGGGCUGAACAGAUCUGAUUUCUGCUGUUGUAUGCAAUAGCCUUUUUGAGAUAUGAUGGAAAAGGAUUCAUGACAUCAAAAUGCAAGAUGAUUAGUGCAAUCUGAUGAGCAACACUGCUCCUGUUUUUGCAUGUUUUAUUAGUUCUUGUGUUUAUUUGAAUCUAUUGGCGGUAUUUCGUGGGAACCAAUCUGUGCAAGUUUGCGUAAAAAAUUUUCAAACAAGCAACCAAUGGAGAUGCUGAGUUCACCUAAAGAUAAGACUUCUGAGUCUGUUCAUCUGGGUUUGCAACAGCGGCCACAAACUAGUAAAUUGGUAGCUGGAACUGUUCCCUUGCUAAAAAUUGAAAAUCAAUCCUCUGUUAAUAUUGGAACAUCACGUCAAUUGGGGCCUAGCAAACAUGAAGCACAGAUGGCGAAAAUAAACAAACAUUCAGUACAGGCGGAACUGUCUGUGAAGACCCGGGUGGAAUCUGAAUCGGUUAGGUCAAAACUGAGGGAAUCACUUACUUCUGCAUUGGCUACAGGCUCUAAGGAGCAAAAUAAACUAAAAUUUCUUGAAAAAAAUUAUAUAGGAGAGGAAAAAGGUGUGUUAAAGAAGGCAGACGUUCCUUCUCUUCAAAGUGAAAUUCACACUUCUGCUGAAGAUGGUUCUCCUUUUGAAAGUUUGCCCAACAAUUUGACUUCUGAUGCACAAAUUAAGAAGUUUCAUGGGAACGGAGGAUUACCAUUUGAGGCUGGCUCAAGUGGAAAUUCUGGUGAUAAAAAUGAAGCUGAUGGCAUUUGUGAUGUGCAAGAAGGCCAUGAAAAACAUGAUAUUGUGAUGGAUGAUGUUCCAUUUUGUGGUCAUUCCAUUAUGGAAGAUGAACUCUUGCAAGUUCACGGACUCUUUUGGGCAUCUGAUUUUGAUUCUGUCAAUGAAGCUUCAAUGCAGAACUCUGCUCUGAAAAGGCCUAAAUUGAUGGAUUUUGAAGAGAAUAGAGACACAAAGGAUGCAGCACUUCAAACUUUUGAGAAGUUGUCCGUUCUAAUUGAAGCUGAACUGUUUAAAUUGUUUGGUGGUGUUAAUAAGAAAUACAAGGAGAAAGGUAGAUCACUUUUGUUCAAUCUGAAAGAUCCUAGUAACCCUGACUUGAGGGAACAAGUAUUAUCCGGUGCAAUUUCUCCUGAGCAACUCUGUACCAUGACUGCUGAGCAGCUUGCUUCGAAGGAGCUUUCACGUUGGAGGCAAGCUAAGGCUGAGGAGUAUGAACAUAUGGUGGUUCUACCUGACAUGAAUGUUGAUAUGAGGCGUUUAGUAAAAAAGACUCAUAAAGGAGAGUUUCAGGUAGAAGUUGAGCAGGAUCAUGGUGCUCAUGUGGACGUUGGACUGGGGUCAGAUGUUUUUUCAAAGAUUUUAGCAAAAUCAAAUGAUGUAGAUCAAAGUCAACUUAGAUCCAAUGACAAGGAACCGACUUUAUCUAAAACCCAUGACUCAUUACGAGGUCAGAAGUCUGAUUCGGAUGGAAGAAAUGUCUCCAGUAAUUUAGAUCAUAGAUUGUCUGAGAAAACUGAUUAUAUACAGGACUUCAUGGUAGAAGAAUUGAAAGACACAGAGCUUCUUCCUCCUGUUGUUUCUCUGGAUGAGUUUAUGCAGGCCCUUGAUUCUGAACCUCCAUUUCAGAAUUUGGAAGCUAAUAAUUUACAAGAAAAUCCUAGUUCUGUUAAUAGGAACUUAGAUAGAUCAGAGUCAGAUAGCAUUUCUACUCCAGAUACCUCAGCUAGUAAGUUGGACUCCAAAAUACACUCUGGCCAUAUCCACACCAAACAUGCGAAAGAAACUUCAUCAUCAAAUAACGGUCAAGUAGAUCAUAAUUAUCAAAAGAGUGAUGAUAAGCUGAAAACAGAAGGUGCUUAUGAUAAACAUGUUAUUGGAAUAUCUGAUUCUGAGUCCAAGUCCAAUAUUACUUGGGAGGGUUUUCUUCAGCUGAAUGUUUCUGCUCUGUCAAACGUUAUGGCCUUCUUUUUAAGUGGCGAGAGAACAUCUAUGAAAGAGUGGCCUAGCUUGCUUGAGGUGAAAGGAAGAGUUAGAUUAGAUGCAUUUGAGAAGUUCCUGCAAGAGCUUCCUCUUUCCAGAAGCAGAACAAUUAUGAUGGUCGAAUUUAGCUGGAAGGAGGAUUCUCUGGAGAGUGGGCGUGCACAUUUCUCCGAGGCCAUCCACUCUUACAUCACAGAUGAGAGAGUAGGAUUUGCUGAGCCUGUCCCAGGAGUUGAGCUCUACCUCUGCCCUUCCCACCCAAAAAUACUCACCAUACUUACCCACAACCUCUCUAAGGAGCUCCUCGGCAGCAUCAGCUCUGUCCUCAAUGGCCUCAUCGGCAUUGUUGUAUGGAGAAGACCCCAUGCAACCAUAUCACCUAGAGUAUCUUCCCACCACCACCGUCAUGGCAGCUCGAAGAAACAUUCGAGUUCGAAAAAACGUCAUGAAAGCAUGAAUCAUUCAUUCCGCCGGAAUCCAAUGCCUCUACCCAAUGAUGAAGACGAUGUUCCGCCCGGCUUCGGCCCGCCUAUUGCGAGAGAGGAUGAUGAUCUUCCCGAGUUUGAUUUUUCUCGCGGCCGAAGCUCCCAUCGUGCAGGCGCAUUGGCGGCGAAGGCGACAGCGACGGCUCCGCCCUGUUCGUCCAACCACAUGAGGGAACUUAUCCAAAAGUAUGGGCAGGGGGAGAACAUCAUUAGCGAGUUGGGGAUUCCUGUCGAGCCGUGGAAUGAUGAAGAUGAUAUUCCUGAGUGGAAUCCAAAUCAAAAUAUGAGAUCGAUGCCGCCAUUACCGCCGCCUCCGCAGCACGUGUAUCAACAGCAACUUAUAAAUGCCCACCCAUUUGCAAUAAACCAGAACCUGAUGCCCCCGCAGUUCAUACCUCCUCCUCCUACGCCCAUCCAGCCCCAGGUUGGGGGAAUGCAGCCUAAUAAUGCCCCGUGGCGGCCUGUGGCUCAAGGAAUGCCAGUGAGGAAUGGAUUGGGUCUGUGGAGGCCUGAUAAUAAUAACAAUGGAAGUUAA